AAAAUAUAAUUCUAUAAAAAAAAAAUUGAGUGAAAGCAAAAGAUUCAUCGAAUUAAAAAUUGAUUAUCGUCUUUGCGAAUAAAAUGAAAUUUCCUCAGUCGUCGCGCAUUCAACUUUUGACACAGCCAAUCGAAAAUCACGAUUCGCCUAUCACGAGAAAGGCGUUUAAUGGUAAUAUCAAAACGGUUUACCAAUUGCUUAGAUCUAAUCAGUAAAUGUGGCAACAAACUCGUGUGGUUCUUUUGAUCCGAUAUUGAAAAUUUCUCAUUGUUUCUCGACUCUUUUUUUUAUUUCAUUCUUUUUUUCUUUUUUAUUAAUUUCCUUUUUUUUUAUUAUUUCAAGAAAGAAAAAUUGGUAAUAAUAUAAAAAUUUUGAAAAUAAAAAAAAAUACAAAAAUGUGUCAUUGUAUUUUAUUUUUAAUGUUUUUUCUUAAAAUUUUUUUUAUUAAUUACAAAUACAUUUUUGUUAUUAUUAUUUCCCAACAAGUAAUGGGAGAAGAAAGAAAUCCACGUGAAACAGUUAGACAAAUUAAUCAAGUUAGUCAAGAUUGGAUGAUGGAAAUUUUAAAUGUUAAUAAAGAACUUUUAGACGUUCAUGCUGUAAUUGCUAAGGACGAGGAAUCAACGACCAAUUGUAUGAUGGGCACAAAAAAAACAAAUAAAAGACAUUUAAUGUGCGUUGGUUCAAUAGUGAAUGUUCAGCACGUCUUAACAUCCGCUACCUGUAUUCAAGAAGCUACUUAUAUUAGACAUAAUUUGAAAGCUCCACUUGUUGUGGUUGUUGGUUUAUUAAAGCCAAAACCGCAAGUGAUUAGAGUUAACAAUUAUGAAGUUCAUCCUCAACAUAUCGCCUUUCCUUACAAUUCUCAACAUUCAAUGCAUAAUAUUGCUGUAAUCAAAUUAGCCUGCAGAAUUGCUACGGAACAUUUUACACCGAUUGAAUUACCAAGAGCUCCAUUUACAGAACUUUGUCCAAAUGAUAAUUGCAUGGUGGCUAUAAUCAGGAAAGUUGGGAAAACAUCAAAUGUAAUAUACGAUACAUGGGCAAAGCACAUACCACCCGUAACCAGAGGAAAACGAGGAUUGACGGAAACGACUAUAGAAUUACAAAAUAACAACAAUUUGAAAACACCACCUGUCAAUAUUCAAGAAAAAUUGAGGGAAACGUUAGUAAAUCCACGUCCACUUAAAUUGAACGCAGAGCAAGACAUAUUGUCCAAUAACAUCAGCCAGACUACUAUUACAAAAAAAUUGUCUAAAAUGACAAAAUCAAUGGCAGUAAAAAACAAUGUGAAAGAAAAACGCAAUUUUUCCCUUCAAAAUGUGCCUGAAGUAAGUUCAACGGCUAAUGUUAAAAAUAAUAAUAGUGUUAUUGACGAAUACGCAAUUCAAGGCGAUUCUGAUAGAAAUGACAAAGUACGAUUAUUUUCUACAAGAGCCAGUGAUGGAUUUCAAGGAUGUCCGCAGUCCGGAUCACCUGUUAUGUUCGGAAAGGUUCAGGCAGCUUUAGUGUCAGUGUCGUGUGAUGAUAGACAACCAGGUACACCGUGGAAGUAUACCGACAUUUUUUCAAAUCUCGAUUGGAUUGAAAAAGAAACGGACACUUGGCACAAUGAUACUAAAAGUCGUGCUGAUUCAUCAUUGGGUUGCACUACAUGUAUUUAUAAUUUCUUUAUUGAUCUCACUGGACCCAAUGAAACAGAUAAUUGCACUGAUCUCAAUGAAUUUAACGACAAAUCAACCAAUUACAAAAUUUGUGCAUCAAACUAUCAACAAGAAAAUAUGAAAAAUCAUUAUUCACGCUCAAUAUCAGACAAUAAAUUAUAUAAUUCAUUGAGUGAAAAAUUUUCCAAAUUUUACGAAAAUACCCUAAAAAAUAAGAAAUCCCUUGAUAAUCAAUUAAAUAACAAAACAAGACACAACAGUGAUUCCACUAACAAAAAUAGUAAAAAUAAUUUUGAUGCCGAUGUUACCAAAGCUAACGCAAAACUUCCAGCUAAAAUUUUCGAUACAGUUGUUAAAAAUCUCAAGAGUAAAGAUUUUAGAAAAACAAUUGAAACAUUUCAAAAGAACAAUGAUUACAAAAAUUCAAAAGCUAAAAGUAAGAAAUUGAAAAAAAUCAUAGGAAAUAAAAAUUCACAGACAAAUCAAAAAGGAUUUCACAAUAUAGAAAAUAAAAAUGAUUAUCUUGGAAAGAAAAAUUUUUACAGAGAUGAUAAUAAAGAAAAGAAAUUACAAUUAGACAGUCAUCGUGAAAAAAUUAUGAAUGAACCAAACAAGAAUGAGAAUUUAUUAUCAAAGAAACAUGAAUCAAAAAUUGAUAAAACUCCAAUGAAUGCAUUUGAUUAUUCAAUGAUAAAAAAGAUGAUCAACUCACAACCGAGUAUUGAUUAUAAUAAUCCAUUAGUAAAGAAGUUCCACAACCUCCGGAUGUUCCUGGCACGUCUCCAAAAGUCAACGGCAGACAAGCAUCAGGAAAUAAGGCAAACGCCCAUGAUUGGAAAACCAAUAGAAAUUCUGCCAUAUGGAAGAUUUUUUAAUCCCCCAAUAAAAAUUCAUGAAAAAUGAAAAAAAAAUUCAUUUCAAAACGAAUUUUUACUGUAUAGAAUUUUUAGGAAGAAAUUUUUAUUUUACAGAAUUUCAUUUUACGGAAAAAUUUUAAUGUAACCGAAUUUUAAUUUAUCAGAAUUCUUAUUCAAUAUAGAAUAUUUUAAGAGUUAUUUCGAAUUUUUAAAUGCUAGGAUUUCCAAUUCACCGAAUCUUCAUUUCACCAAAUUUUUAUUUGUACAAAUUGUUAUUUAAUAGAAUUUUUAAAAUAACGAAUUUUUAUAUUGUAAAUAAAUACAGUAAAUAAUUCCACUCAGAAAAAAAUUUUAUAUUGCUAAAUAAAAAAAUAAUAAUUGAAGUGUA